GCUGCAAACGCGACUGGCUUCGUACGACAUCGCCGAGGCCGCCAUCAGUAGUACCUUCAUUACGAUCUGACGCAUGUUCGUUUUCUGCACUCGAAUCAGUCGAGAGUGUAUUCAUCGUUGCAUCGUUGCUUCAAUAGUGGUUUUUAAAAAAAGAUUUGUAGUGCUUUUCUACUCGUUAAAAUGUCGAAAAAGUUGGUGAAAUUUCAAAUCAUCCUCGACAGAGAUUCUGUGUUGUACCUACCGGGUCAAGUGCUAGCUGGGCGGGUGCUGCUGGAGACUCAGGAAAACACAGCUGUUCUGGGGCUCUAUUUCCACGUGCUGGGCGAAUGCACCGUUAACGCAACCAAAGCCAUGACGCGCCCGGACAAAUCCCACGACAAAGAGAACUACAUCGAUUUCCGGAUGAAGCUGCUGGAUGACUUCGACAACAAACCGAUCCUCCUAUCGCCCGGCGUGCACUGCUUCCCGUUCAAGUUGGGUCUGCCGGUUUCGCUCCCGUCCACGUUUCUCGGACAGCACGGAUGGAUCCAGUACUACUGCAAGUCCAGCCUGAAGGAGUCCUCCGGCAUUACGCACAAGAACCAGCAGGUUUUCAUCGUGCUCAAUCCGAUCGAUUUGAAUCUGGAGGAUCCGCUUCUGAGUGAACCCCUAGAAGCAAGUGCCAGGCAUCGGGUUGGAGUUGGAGUGCUUGGUGGGACCAUCCGUUGCAAUGUUGGACUGGACAAACGAGCUUACAUUCCCGGAGAGAACAUUCUGGUUACGGGUGAGAUAUACAAUCAGAGCAAGGUAACCAUAAAAGCGGUGAAGUAUGCGUUGAUUGAGGUAAGCUGAUUUGGACUCGGUCUGGGAAUGCUUGAGCCUACUAAACAAUCAUCAUAAAUUAAUUGACAGCUUUUUCCAUUACACACCCUAGCCUAGCGGUAAUAGUGACUCUAAUGUGUAGAACGUCCUUUUCUAAUUAGGACAUUUGCUUUUCCUGCAGCAAGGCUGCCAUGAAAUAGGAAGAAAACUUA